AUGCUCCAAGCAAUCUGGCCAAGUAUUUCGCAUGUCACCACACUCCUCUAUAACGCUUGCCUCACCCUAGGAUACCACCCAACUGCCUUUAAAACAGCAGAGGUGGCAAUGAUUCCGAAACUCAAUAAGAGAGACCUCAGUGAUGUCUCCGCGUGGCGCCCCAUCUCCCUUCUUUCCUGCCUGUCUAAAGGCCUAGAACGAGUAAUCGGUCGGCGUCUCGCCUACCUAGCUGUCAAGUACAAGGUCCUCCAUCCGAACCAGGCUGGAGCACUCCCAAAACGAAGCGCCACAGACAUAGUUACCGCACUUAUCUACGAUGUUGAACGUGCCUUAGGUAACGGCAAGAUCGCCACACUUGUUACAAUGGAUGUUAAAGGAGCGUUUGAUGCUAUUCUCCCCAAUAGGCUAGUCCUACGACUCCGACAACAAGGAUGGCCGGAUUUCCUGGUUUGGUGGAUCUACCACUUUGUCUCCCACCGCAAAGCUCUUGUCAGAUUCCAGGAUGCUAAAACAGAACCCGCAGAGCUGCCAUGCGGCCUCCCUCAAGGCUCGCCGAUAUCACCGAUUCUCUAUCUCCUAGCCACCACCCCUAUCUACUCCCUUCUAGGAGCAACAGAGAGGUAUGGCUACGCAGACGAUACAGCAAUGCUCUUCACAGGAGACAGCCUGGAGGAGACCACUGCAAAAGCAAACGCGGCAAUUGCUGCAAUGGAAGCAUGGGGGCAACAGGAGGCUUUUUCCUUCGACCCAGACAAGACAGAGGUUAUGCACUUCUCCAGAAAAAGGGAUAGAAGCUCCCCAACAGUCUGUCACCAAGGCCAGGAGGUUAAGGCACAAAAGGCAAUGCGUUGGCUGGGAGUCUGGCUUGACCGCAGGCUCACCUUUAGCACGCACAUCGAUAAAUGGUCGCUUAAGGCAAGUAAGGUUGUCUCACAGCUACGGUUCGUUAACAAUACAGUACGCGGAACGUCAGCAGUAGCGGCCAGGAGAGCAGUAUAUGCAGUAGCCCUACCCACACUCUUUUACGGGCUGGACACAUGGUUCCCUGGCUUCCCUUCUGAGUCAACCCACAGGAAAGCAAGGACGAUCACCAAAACUCAACUCUCGAAAAUCCAAGUAAUCCUGAAUAAGGCCUGCCACGCAGUACUACCUGUUUGGAAGACCACCCCACGAGUUAUUCUUUGGAAAGAGGCAGCAAUUCCGCCGGCAGAAAUCAUACUAAAGCAGCAUCAAGCGCGCACGGCGCUUCGCUACGCCAUGCUAGACGCAGCACACCCAGUAUCCAGACGGCUAAGACAAGCACAGCAUGAAGUUGACCAGAGCAACCACCCAGCAAUACAUGGCCGAACUCUGCAGAGGCAUAGCCGACUCCUCCGAACAGCGGCAUGUGCAAAGGAAGUUGAACGACCAAGGCUUAUCCCACGCCGCUUUGAUGAUAGCAUCCCGACUGAAGCUGCAGGAAACAGACCACCAAAAGAAACCGCCGUGCUGCAAUUCCAACACUGGCUUCAGGAUAAGCCCGCGGGAUUCAUUGUCUUUAGCGAUGGCUCCAAGACAGAAAGAGACACCGCAGGGUACGGAUUUGCAGUGUUCCACAAGGGACGCCUUGUUGAUUGGGGCUCUGGCCAACUAGGCCGCAGAGAAGUCUUUGACGCAGAGAUCCACGGCGCAUUAGAAGGACUUCAACGCGCUUUACUCGCUAAUCUUGCUAACGAACCAAUUACAGUCUGUAUGGAUAAUACCUCCGUUAUUGACUGUAUAGGAACGACAGCACCAAACUCCUCACAGGCCUGCUUUAGAACCUUUCAGAGGGUAGGAGACAAGCAUCCAUAUCAGGUAUCUGUCAAAUGGUGCCCAGGCCAUAGCAACAUCUUUGGAAAUAGUUGA